CUAUUUAUGGUCAGGCAGCACCGCGGACACCUCUGCUCCUCGGUGAUUGGCCAGCAGCGGGGUCCUCGCGUUCGUCCAAUAUGGCGGCGCCCAGUGGCGGUGUGAACUGUGAGGAGUUCGCCGAGUUCCAGGAAGUACUCAAGGUGAUGCGGACAAUUGAUGACAGAAUAGUACAUGAAUUAAACAGUACGGUUCCAACAGCUUCCUUUGCAGGGAAAAUUGAUGCCAGCCAAACCUGUAAACAACUUUAUGAGUCUUUGAUGGCAGCUCAUGUCAGUAGGGACAGAGUUAUAAAACACUGUAUAGCCCAGACAUCAGCAGUAGUACAAAACCUCCGAGAAGAAAGAGAAAAGAAUUUGGAUGAUUUAACAUUAUUAAAGCAACUUAGAAAAGAACAAACAAAGUUGAAAUGGAUGCAGUCAGAACUGAAUGUUGAAGAAGUAGUAAACGACAGGAGCUGGAAGGUGUUUAAUGAACGCUGCCGGAUUCACUUCAAGCCUCCGAAGAAUGAAUAAAGAGAGACUUUUUUUUUAAAGGACUGGGUCAUCUCAUCAGAGCUAAGCAUGCCGGACAUCAACAGGGUGGGCGUCCUAGGAUAAUUACUGAGCCAACAGUCCAAGACCUUUUGUUGAUUUCAGCCCCACUUAGCCAAGACCUCAAGUCUAAGUAAUUCUCAUAAUUAUAAAAUAAUCAACUGCUAUUUUAUACUGAUUGUGUAAAAAAAAUGUUUUGUAACUAUUAAAAUAAUUUUUUGA